AUGGGGCGACCUUUCUCACUGACCUCAGCGCUGCUGCUGGUGGCCAUGGCCUCUUGUCUCGCAGCCGCUUCAGAAGCAAGUCAAGCCCUCUGGUCUGCAGGAAACUGCUCCGAGUGUCACAGCGAGGCCACCUGCAUGGAGAACGGGGUGACCACGACGUGCACCUGCCAGGAAGGCUUCACCGGCGACGGCUUUGAGUGCGUGGACCUGGACGAGUGCUCGGUGCCGGGGGCGCACAACUGCUCGGGCGGCAGCAGCUGCAUGAACAUGCCGGGCUCAUACGCCUGCCUGUGCCCAGCCGGCUUCCACCUGACGCCGGAAGGCGACUGCGCCGACGUGGACGAGUGCGCCGAGCCCGGGCUCAGCCACUGUCACGCCCCGGCCACCUGCAUCAACACCGAGGGUAACUACUCGUGCGUGUGCCCGGCCGGCUUCCGCGGGGACGGGAGGCACUGCGACUGCACGCCGGACGCCUGCGAGCCCGGGCUGGCCUGCGUGCCCGCGGAGGGCGGUGGGCGCGCGUGCGCAGACCCGUGCCUGGCGUACCGCACCCUGAACGAGUACUGGCGCAGCGCCACCUACCGGACCGGCUACAUGUGCGACGCGGAGCUGAGCGGCUGGUACCGCUUCGUGGGGCCCGGCGGCGUGCGCGUGCCCGAGACGUGCGUGCCCACGCUGCGCUGCAACACGGCGGCGCCCAUGUGGCUCAAUGGCACGCACCCGUCCACCGGCGACGGCAUCGUGCAGCGCACCGCCUGCGCGCACUGGGACGACGACUGCUGUCUGUGGGAUGCUCCCGUCCAGGUGAAGGCUUGUGCUGGCGGGUACUACGUCUACAACCUGACAGCGCCCCCCGAGUGCCACCUGGCUUACUGCACAGAUCCUACCUCUGUGGAGGGGAACUGUGAAGAGUGCAGCGUGGAGGAGGACUGCCAAUCAGACAACGGCAGGUGGCACUGCGAGUGUAAGCAAGACUUCAACAUCUCAGAUGUCUCCCACUUGCAACCCAAGCUGGAAUGUGGAGCCAAUGACAUCAAAGUGUCCCUGGGCAAAUGCCAGCUGGAGAGCUUGGGCUUUGAGAAGAUUGUCAUGUACCUACAAGACAGCCGGUGCUUGGGCUUCAGGGAGAGGAGUGACAGGGACUGGAUGUCUGUGGUGACUCCAGCCCAGGAUGGUCCCUGUGGGACUGUGAUGACGAAAAAUGAAACCCACGCCACAUACAGCAACACACUCUACCUGGCAGAUGAGGUCAUCAUCCGAGACCUCAACAUCAAGAUCAACUUCGCAUGUUCCUACCCUUUGGAUAUGAAAGUCAGCCUGAAGACCACCUUGAAGCCAAUGAUGAGCACCCUGAACAUCAGCGUGGGCGGCACGGGCAUGUUCACCGUGCGGAUGGCACUCUUCCAGAACCCCACCUACACGCUGCCCUACCAAGGCUCGGCAGUGACGCUGGCCACGGAGGCCUUCCUUUACGUGGGCACCAUGCUGGAUGGCGGUGACCUGUCCCGCUUUGUGCUGCUGAUGACCAACUGCUAUGCCACGCCCAGCAGCAAUGCCACGGACCCUAUGAAGUACUUCAUCAUUCGAGACAGGUGUCCACGCACCAAGGACUCAACCAUCCAAGUGGUGGAGAAUGGGGAGUCCCCUCAGAGCCGCUUUUCUGUCCAGAUGUUUCGGUUUGCUGGCAAUUAUGACCUGGUCUACCUGCACUGUGAGGUGUACCUCUGUGACACGAAGAAUGAAAAGUGCAAGCCGACCUGCUCUGGGACCAGGUUGCACAGCGGGGACAUUGUAGACCAAGCCCAUGUCCUGAACUUGGGUCCCAUCGCUCGGAGAGAUGUCCAGGUCACAGUGUCCAAGGCUGCUCCCAGCCACUUAGGACUUGUGAAAUCAUGGCUACUCCUGUUCCUGUCAGCGAUUUUGACCCUGAUGUCUCAGUGA